ACCACCUCUGAAAACAUUGAACAUAAGCAGCACACAAAACAGUCUCUCACACUACUGACUCUACUUGACAUACAUGGAAGCAAAGUGCAGCACCAUCAACUGCCGGCGGCCGGAGUUUCUUCCUCCACCAGCGGGAGGGACCCACCUGCCGGAGAGUCCAAGGGUGCCAAUGGAGUUCCUGUCUCGCUCAUGGAGUGCCUCAGCCCUUGAGGUCUGUAAGGCACUGGCUCCUCACCAACCACCACUUCAUCAUCUUCUUCCUCCUUCUUCCAAGACUUCUUCAAAUGGUUCCUACACUACUUCUUCUUCCCUUAUUCCCGAAGAAACCGGUUGUGGUGACUCUGAAGAGUUCCCAUCCUCAUCUCUCAUCUCAACUACUUCUUUGUCCAAGAACCAGUUCUCUUUUGUUUCUUCUGCUACCUCUCAGCUUGUCCUUGAACGCAUUAUGUCACAAUCAGCAAGAGAGCAGGAAGUGUCGCCAUUAACUUCUGGAAGACUAUCACACAGUAGUGAGCCUCUGAAUGGUGGUGGUUCGUUAACCGGAACAGACAGUCCCCCAAUUUCACCUUCUGAUGAAUUUGAUGAUGUUGUUAAGUUUUUCCGGGCAAACAAUUCCAUUCACCCCUUAUUCAAUGGUGGAAGAGCCAGUGCUGCAAUUGGCAAUGGCGCGGCACCCUCAGGGCCAAAGACAGUUGGAAGAUGGUUGAAGGACAGGAGGGAGAAGAAGAAAGAAGAAACAAGAACUCACAAUGCUCAGCUGCAUGCUACCAUCUCAGUGGCUGCAGUGACGGACAUGGCUGUGGCCUCUGCAGCCACAUUGGUGGCCGCGCAGUGCGUCGAGGCUGCUGAGGCAAUGGGGGCUGAGAGAGACCACCUAGCUUCUGUGGUUAGCUCAGCUGUCAAUGUCCGCUCUCAUGAUGAUAUCACUACUCUUACCGCUGCAGCUGCAACAGCUCUAAGAGGAGCAGCUACCCUGAAGGCAAGAGCAUUGAAAGAGGUAUGGAACAUUGCUGCAGUGACACCAUUAGAGAAAGGCAGAGGAGGGAUGGGAAUUUCUGGCAAAGGUAAUACAAAUACCAAUAACAAUAACAGCAACAAUACCAGCACAAGUGAUAGUGGGGAGAUUCUCAAUGGAGAAAAUUUUCUAGGCGUCUGCAGCCAAGAGCUACUUGCUAAGGGAACUGAAUUGCUCAAACGAACCCGCAAAGGUGAUCUUCACUGGAAAAUAGUUUCUGUUUACAUACAUCGAACAGGCCAGGUGAUGCUGAAAAUGAAGAGCAGACAUGUUGCAGGAACCAUUACCAAAAAGAAAAAGAAUGUUGUGCAAGAUAUUUGCACAGACUUACCAGCAUGGCCAGGGAGACAUCUGCUUGAUGAUGGUGAAAAGCGGAAAUACUUUGGGUUGAAGACAGAUGCAAGGGGGAUUGUGGAGUUUGAGUGUAGAAAUCAAAGGGAAUAUGAUAUCUGGACUCAAGGGGUCUCCAGGCUUCUUUCCAUUGUUGCACAAAGACAGAACAGAUUUGGAAACUGAUCCAUGCAUCUUACACUAAUUACUAUUAAUUGAGUCUCUAGUUACUGCUGACUACUGAACUAAAUUCAAAUUAUAUGCAUUAUAAUGCAUUUUGCAUGUGUGUAACCGUAGAUAGUCGUCUGUGGCAAGGACUCAACUCAAGUGAACUUUGUAACUUAAGCAAAAAUCCUCUGCUGUCUGAAUUUGUGCAAUUGUAGGAGUUUUAUUUAUUUAUUUAUUUGGGUAACUAUGCCU